GGUAUUGUUACUAAGGUAGCUAAGGCAUGCGGGAAUUGCCGCGCCAAGCAACACGUUGACUAACAGCGAAUCUACGAAUAGCUUGGGUCGAUGGGUUAGUCGCAUCAAUGUUGCUGGACCCCGCUAGACGGGAUAACAUGCCGAUCAUCUGUAAGGCAGCAGUAGCUGUAAUCCUUGGGCUGCUUUUUAUAGAAUUUCAAUUCACUUCAGCUGUCCAGGAGCAACGAUCCCUGGGUGCGGCAUUAGAACGCAGCGCGUUGUUAGCUAACACCACAACAGAAUCAAAGAAUGAAUUAUUAGGAGAGUUAGCGGUAAUUGUGCGCGCUCCAGUUUACACUCGUCUACGGUUAAUCCACGAGCUGCAGCAUGGGCACACGCGGAGCUCAAUCCGACAAAUACUUGAGUCCUUCCCAACGCUUAACGAGGGGAACCUCGAGCGAUGGUUUAGCAGCGUGGAUACCUUCCUGACGGCGUACGCACAAGGGACGGCAUCGGUUAGCCACGGGCCUGUACGGGUUGACCUGAACCAGACGGCCCUCAGCGGCCUCCCCCUUAUCAGGAGGACGUUGUUAGCACAGCUCGUUACAGCAUGGCUGACCAGCCUGCAGCGCAAGCUGCCUGACAAGCUUGAAGCAAAGGUGGCCAAGAUGGUACAACAGUUGUACGAAUUGCACCGGGCGUCUGUCGUACAAAAGGGCGCCAUGGAGUACUUCCACAUCUCCAAGGCGGGCGGCACCAGCUGGAACAGUGCGGCGAAGCUGAACGGCUGCCAGGCGGCCCACGCGGCCGGCAGCCACGUGCGGGGUUUCGGAGACGAGUGUCGCUGGAUGAACCAAACCGUGUACAAGAAGAUAACGGGCGGCCGCCGAAUACUCUGGGGUCGGUGGGGUCGAGUGGCUCGCGACACUCACGUGCACGGCUGCGUGGCUCGCUGGGAGGUGGUGGCGGGCCGCGGCUUCAGCUACAUCUCCAACGAGUACACGCUGCAGGGGGGGCUGCAAGACAUGUACGACACACACACCUGCCCGCAGCUGGUGAAUGUGGUGACGCUGAGGGACCCGCUCCGCCGCAUGGAGUCCGCCAUAAGGUUCAUCAUGAUGCACGUCAAACGCGCCUUCACGCAUAAUGACCCACGGGACGGCGAAACCACCUUCAACUCCCUCUUCUGUAACGCCAGCGUCGCCUUCUGGGAGGCCCUUGCGCCGCCCAUAACCGACAACUACCUGCUGCGCUCCUUUCUUGGGGAGCUGGGGUUUCACACGCCGCUGGGAGGGCUCAACGCGACCCAUGGGUCAGUAGCGCGGCACCUGCUGCUGCAGUUCGAUCUGGUGCUGGAUCUGGAUGCUGGCGAGCGCGCGAAUGACGAGAUGGCGUACGGCGGACUGGGCUGGCCGUCGACACUGUCCAGGGCUCACGCGUUGGACGGCAGUGUGCUGGCGGGCAAGAUGGAUCUGGACUGGGACAGCUGUCAGCCCGCGGGGGACGCCAUGCGGGAGCUGCGGGCGCGGCAGCGGCACGACGUGGCCUUCUACCGCUUCGGCCGGGUGGUGAGCCGGUUGGACGCGUUGUGGCUGGACAUGGCUCGGUCACUGGGGCUGGCACCGCUGGCGAGGAUGGUGACGGCGGAGGCGGAGCCGCAGGAGAUAGG